CAACAGGCUGAAUUGUCGUCAGACCUCCUCAUUCGCUCCCCGCCCGUCCAUUCUGCGCUCCAAACACGAGCUCAUUAUUCCUCCCCCCCCCCCCCCAAAAAACAUCCGAACCCGAACAGAGCUCCUGAUCCACCAACAACAACCCCAACACCAUGUCGAACGAGGUCUCCCCAGAGGCCAUGCAAUCGCGCAUCCAGCAGGCUCGUCGCGAGGCAGAGACAUUGAAGGAUAGAAUAAAGCGAAAGAAGGAUGAGUUAGCAGACACUACCCUCCGAGCAGUGGCUCAACAACAACAGGAGCCGAUUCCGAGGAACCACAUGAUGAAGGCUAGGAAGACGCUGAAGGGCCAUCUUGCCAAGAUCUACGCGAUGCACUGGUCGACGGAUAGGAGGCAUCUCGUAUCAGCCUCUCAAGACGGGAAGCUCAUCAUCUGGGACGCAUACAGCACAAACAAAGUCCAUGCCAUACCACUCCGAUCGUCGUGGGUCAUGACCUGCGCAUACGCGCCGAGCGGUAACUUUGUCGCCUGCGGUGGAUUGGACAACAUCUGCUCAAUCUACAACCUUAACUCCAACAGAGAAGGACCUACUAGGGUUGCGAGGGAAUUAUCGGGCCACUCCGGAUACCUCUCCUGCUGUCGCUUCAUCAACGACCGCAGUAUCCUCACUUCGUCCGGUGACAUGACUUGCAUGAAAUGGGAUGUCGAGACUGGAACAAAGGUUACGGAAUUCGCGGAUCACUUAGGAGAUGUCAUGAGCAUCAGCAUCAACCCCACCAACCAGAAUACUUUCAUUUCCGGCGCAUGCGACGCUUUCGCCAAGCUUUGGGAUAUCCGAGCAGGAAAGGCCGUACAAACCUUUGCGGGCCACGAAUCCGACAUCAACGCAAUCCAGUUCUUCCCGGAUGGACAUUCUUUCGUUACUGGGUCCGACGACGCUACCUGCCGUUUAUUCGACAUUCGCGCGGACAGAGAGCUCAACCAAUACGGGUCUGAUGCUAUUCUUUGCGGAAUUACUUCCGUGGCGACAUCUGUAUCCGGAAGGUUGCUAUUUGCUGGUUAUGACGAUUUUGAGUGCAAGGUCUGGGAUAUUACUCGCGGGGAGAAGGUUGGCGCAUUGGUUGGCCACGGCAACCGUGUCAGCUGUCUGGGUGUUAGCAACGAUGGCAUGAGCUUGUGCACAGGUUCAUGGGACUCUCUGCUCAAAGUCUGGGCAAUCUAAUGGAUGCUACAAAUUCAACAUCGAGAUUCAUCUGUCUCCCUAAAUUUAUGGCGAGAGCCAUGUCAUGAAUUUCCGUCAACGAUAUCAAUCAAACUUCCCUUGAAAUAGUCACAUCUACGAACACCACCAUUUCCAUCACCUUCUCGCGGCGUACUCGAGCAAUGAUAUCCGGAUAGCUCUCCCAUUUUAGCGAAGGAGAGCUUUAAAAGACGCAGCGAGCCACCAAGAUCUGGCUGAGACGGUCUGCAGUUUUACGCACUUUUUAUUCUUGCAUCAUAAUUCCCUUAUUUUGUUCAACUUUUUUUGUUUGUAUGGGUGGCUAAGUCGAGCUGCGCUCUCUGCCCUCCAUUUUGCUGGGUUUGCAAAGAAUAAUUCGCCAGUCCACCGACCGCCAUGGAGUCGCCUCUACGAUCUUCGAUUUUGUCUAGUCUAUUAUGGAGGAGGGGGGAGAAGACGCAGGCAGUACUGCAGUGGAUGGCAACCCCUUGAGGGCCGAAGCUUGGUGCCUUUCGGGUGUCAGGUGUUUCUCGGUCACAACGUCAUUUGGCUUUGAGGCUCUAGCCAUUUUUUCAUAUGUCGUUGGAUGUGGUGCGAAAUUGCUUGUAAAAAAACACUUCAGAGCGCACGAUUUCUUGUGGAGGCUUUCCUUUGCUUAGUGGGAGGUGGAGGGCGGAGGAGUGUUCUAGUAUUAGAGAAAAUGGGAACCACGAUAACUCUUACGUGUCACGCAUGAUUGUGAAGGAAAGCUUCAUAUUCUUAUUGUCUUACGACCAUUUCGUAGCGAAUGUUUGAC